CCUAUGCUCAGCAGCAACCUGGAAUAUAAGGGAAUAAAUACAUGCACUUUUGAACUACAUUUUUGAUCUUCCGGUAGACAAGGAAUUAAGAAAGCCAAUCAACUUGGAUUUGAGGAUUUUAUUUGGAAACCAAAAUCAAAAUAGGUGGAGCAUUGGUUGCAAUCGCUUUGCCUUCUCCUAGCUCGCCGGCUAAACAUGCAGCCUUAGUGGGUUAUAGCUUGAGAAAGAAAACGGAUAAAUGCAUCUCGAGUUUGCGUAGCCUGCUGUCAGUUUGGCCAUUUGACGCUUAAGCUAUUCGCAUGUAGCCUAUGUUUUUUUUUUUCUUCCGUUUAGCACCUUUAGGGUGAAACCACUAAGCUGGAUGGAAUGGCUUUUCGGUAGCUGAGAUGCCGCGGCUUCAAAACGGCCUAUUGGGUUCUAUGAGCUAAAACUAACUGUAAUAACCAGGUCGCCACCACCUCUGUGAUUAUUUAUUUGAGAUAAAAAAUACCCAGUAAGCCCCAGUGCGAAAAUUUCCAUUUUAAUGUGUUAAUAUGUUGUGAUCUGUUUAAGUCUGCGACAAAUGUAGCAGAAGCCGGUUAGCAUGCUAACUAGCGUAGCAAAGUCAAUGGUGGUGGUUGUUUACAGUUUGUUUACAUGUAAAUGCAUUUAUGGCAGGUACAUUUGUUUGAAAAACACAUUUUCUCUAAAUUAGGAUCGAUUUUAAUCUCUUUAAAGCUUAGUAUUGUUAAAUAAACAAAAAGCAAAGACUUUAAUUGUUUUAUAAAAACCUAUGCAAGCACCUGACAAGAACGUGCUGUCCUUCACACAUAAAGAUUCUAUAAGUUUGCAUUGUUACACCAAAAUAUCUAGUUAUAUAGAUAGUUUGUUUGGCCUUUCAGUGAGACAGUUUUGCCAUUAAACUACAGUAAGUCAUUCCAGGACAGUCAGUCUAAUCCUGUCACUGUCUAUGCUGUCAUAUUUAUUUUAGAACCACUAAUGUAAUCUGGCGAUUGAGGAUGAACCCACGUUUUGAAUGUAAGUUUUAGCAUCACUGUCUGCGCUGACAAAUCACUAGGAACAAGCGGGGAAAAUGAGGAGUUAGGGAGAUGUGACCAGGACAACCUUCCAAGGAGAUUGAAAACCAGAUUACGGAUCAGAGAGCACAACAGAGAGCCCAAUUGUUGCACACAAAAACAACGAGAUGGGCAUGGUAAUAGAAAAGGCUCAGUGACAGCAUUGAUCGACCCAUCCACACCAGGAAGAAGAGGAGUGUCAACAAGGCUGGCAGACAUGAGUCUACGUCAACCAACUUCCACCUUGGACAGGCUCAGUAGUCUGACCAUUGGGGACUCAGAACGUAAGUCCUCUACAACUCAACAGAGGGAGCCACCAACUGACAUUGCCAAUGAGAACACAGGUCCUGGACUGGUGCAGAGGUGUGUGGUUGUGCAGAAGGACCAGCUUGGCUUUGGCUUCACAGUGUGCGGCGAGCGAGUCAAGCUAGUGCAGAAUGUGCGACCGGGUGGCGCAGCUGUCAAGGCCGGAGUCCAGGAAGGAGACCGUAUCAUAAAGGUUAACGGCCUCCUGGUGUCCUCCAUGUCCCAUCAGGAGGUGGUGAAGCUCAUUAAAUCUGGGACAUAUGUAGCUCUGACACUACAAGGACCGCCCCCUUUAGCUGCCUCCUUACCUCUUGAGCCCCUCCCAACUGAACUCACAGCCAAUCAGAGAUCAUCUUUGGCUGGUGAAACCCCACCUCCACCACCUCCACCUCUGCCCUCUGGACUGAGCAGCAACCCUUCUCAAAGAAUCACUGGACCCAGACCACUACAGGACCCAGAAGUACAAAAACAUGCCACUCAGAUACUCAGGAAAAUGCUGGAGCAGGAAGAAGCCGAACUUCAGGACUUGAUGGAGGAACACUUGAGAAACCCUUCGCCAUCACUGGAGGAGCGUAUCGAAAGUGCCAAGCGACGAGCUCACCAAGUCAGGAUCAAGAUUCUGCAGGAUGUGGAAGGAACACGAUCGGAGUCCAUCACAGGCUAUGUCAAAGCAGGAGAAGGUCGACUGUCAAUGGAUUCCAAUGAAGGUGACGUAGAGGCCUUUGAGAGUCCCCACUCCUCACCUUCGUCCUCCUUCAGGAAUCCUCUACACCGACGGCAAAGUUCUGACACUCACAACCUCUCUGAUCUGAGUGGCAAGGCUCAGAUCAUUGCCCCAGAGGAGCUGGAUGAAGAUGACGGCUACGCUUUUAACGAAAUGGACGGUCCAUUCCAGGAUAUCGAGUUGUUAAAAUCCCGACCCGCCCAUAUGACAGUUUUCAUGAGAUACAUCUUCAGCCAACUGCUGGACCCUAACCCACUGCUGUUUUAUUUGUCCGUGGAAGCUUACCUGGGCUUCAGCCCGAAAGAUGCCCGCACUCUUGCACCUCAGAUCUGCUCCCACUUCCUGGACCCUGAUACUCCACUGAAAAUCAAAGUGAAAGAGGACGAUCUCACAGAUAUCAAGUCUCGAUUACAUGCUCAGGAGGACAUCAGGGGACCUCUGUCUGAGCUGCAGCAGCAGGUCCUGCCGGAGAUUCAGGACCAGAUUCAGGACUACAGGAGCAAACAGAUGAUGGGUCUGGGCUCGUUGUUUGGAGAAGGAGACCUGCAGACUCUGGAUGGAGACCCUGUGAAGGAGAAGCAGGUGGUGGACAAACAGGUCACAGCCCUGUGGGAAAUACUGUCAAAGCAUGAAGAAGAGAGAAGUUCUCCUCUGGCUUGGGCCGUCCUCCUGUACCUCCGUCACUCUGGCAUCAAGCUAAGAGACUCCAAGGUUUUCCCUGGUCAGAGCACAGAGAAGGAGAAAUGGCUGCUUUUCCUAAAGGCCAAAAAGCUGAGUGGCACUAAGAAGGAAAAGGAGAAAGAUGGAGAGGAUAAGAAGAGAAAUCCCAUCCUGAAAUACAUUGGCAAACCUCGGAGCACCUCCCAGUCUACGUUCCAUGUCCCAUCACCACCCAAUGAAGUCCGUCACGGCAAUGUGAGGAACAUCAUUCAGCAGUUUGAGAGUAACACAGAGUCGACAGGAGAGGAGGGAGGAGAAGCUACAGACACACAGAGGUUGUCCACCAGCAGUAGCCUAGGAGAAGACACCACGGACAGCAGUCCUACCGUGUUGGUGCGUCUGGGGCGCAGCGAGUCACUGAAGGCUCAGGGGGAAGGUCGUCGACGUGGCACGGGUGCCGCCGUAAAUGAGUCUGUUCCCCGUUCACGCAGUGACGUGGACAUGGAGGACUGCGGGGAGGACAGGGAGGGGUCGGGCCUCAGACCACUGCAACAUAGCGCCUCAUCGUCAGCAUCCAGCAGCUCUGCACGGUCACUAGAGAACCCUACACCCCCAUACACUCCCCGGUCUGGACGCAGGAGUGUGGACUCACCCCUGGCUCUGUUGCCGGAUGCUGCAGUGGUGGAAGAGGAGGCGUGCGAGGGUCAGAACUGGCAGGACACGGUUUCUCCCCAGCUGCUGUCCACGCUUAGUCACAGGGAAGUGGACAGACAAGCUGUUAUCUACGAGCUCUUCACCACAGAGGUGUCCCACCUGAGGACUUUGCGAGUCCUGGACCAGGUCUUCUUCCAGAAGAUGAGGUCGGUUCUGAACUCAGAUGAGCUGGCCUGCAUCUUCCCAAACCUUCCCCAAGUCUACGGCCUUCAUGCAAGUCUUUGCGAGGCCAUGAAGGAGCAAAGAGAAACGCCUGUGGUUCAGGAGAUCGGUGAUGUCAUGCUGGCCAGGUUUGAUGGAGCAGCUGGAGAAGAGUUUCAGGAACAGGUGUCGCAACUAUGCAGCCUACAGUCUCAGGCCCGGGAGCUCAUCAAGAACAAAAAACGCAAAGACCCGCGAUUCGCUCAAAUCAUACAGGAGUGUGAAGCUAGUCCUCACUGUCGCAGGCUGCAGCUCAAAGAUCUUCUGGUGUCAGAGAUGCAAAGACUCACUAAGUACCCACUGCUGCUGGACAACAUCAUCAAAUACACGGAGGCUGGAUCAUCGGACCUCCCUGCACUACAGCGUGCCCUAGCCUGUUGUCGAGGGAUAUUGCGGGUCGUCAACGAGUUGGUGGGUGAAACAGAACAUCAGCAACGUCUGAGCCAAUAUCAACGCAGGCUGGAUGCUGCGCCUCAGUUUAAGAGUCUGGACUUGAACACCAAGAGGUUGAUCCAUGAAGGUACCCUCAUUUGGAAGUUAAGCAAGGAGAAGAGAAUAGAGAUCCAAGGCCUGCUGCUGUCAGACUGCCUUGUCCUGCUUCAGAAGGGACCGGACGACCGGCUCCAGCUGCGAUAUCCUUCCCGCUGGCUCAGUGGCGCAGCUGGAGGAGGUGGUGACAGCAAGACCUCCUUCAGUCCAGUGGUGAAGUUGGACUCCCUGCUGGUCCGCUCAGUGGCCACUAAUAAAAAAGCCCUGUACAUCAUCAGCACCACGGAGAGCCAGAUCUACGAACUAGUGGCUGCGUCAGAGUCAGAAAAAAACAUGUGGAAGGAUUUACUGGAGAAGACCGUCUCCACGGCAGACGGCUCCUCGCCCAUGAUCAAUCAUGGAUCUAUAGCCCUGCAUUCCUCCAGCACACGCAGUGCAUCUCCUGUCUCUACAGGGAGUGCGGCCUACACAGAAAGCUCAAUGACUGAGCAGUCAGAUUCUAUGGAGCCCAACUCCUCCAAUGACAACAACAUUGGGCUCUCGGACAUCACGUCUAUGGACCAAUCAGAAGCCAUUAUUGGUGUUGAACAACCAGGUGUGGGUGUGGCAGAGGCUGCUCUGCAGGAUGUGGAAUCCUUGCGACAACUCAUACUGCGGGAUCUGGAAGAGGAUGGAUGGAGCCACGAUUCAGACGACACACCAACCAACGAGACAGCCAACGACGGCAGCUCUGUUUGCGAUCGUCAGCGUCCCACAUCGCUUGAGACUGUCCUCAGCUUCAGCACCAAUGAGUGGGAGGCGGAACCUGAAGAGGCCGAACCCUCUGACCCUGAACAGCCCAGUGUUCACGUCGUGAGGAAAGCUGUGGUUGCGGGUUCUACUCUGCCUCCUCCUACUUCUUCCACUGUUCCUGACAGCAUCACUGAUGAUGUCACCUUCCCCACCGGCCAAUCAUCCGAGCCAAAAGGUGGGGCCGCUAAGCAGGGGAACACCUUCUACUUAGUCAUGCCCACAGAGCAGGGAGAGAGCAUCACCGACGACUUCAACGACCCACCCACUCCCACCGCCAGCCACUUUCCAGAGCUCUCAGAGGAAGUGUUGUCACCACAAAUACAACCACAAGAGGACGACCCCCCAACCUAUGGUCAUGUGUCCAACCAUCUGGAAGGCACUAUGGAAGCGGAGCCAAAGGUGGAACCUCAAGAAGAAGAAGGAAAGGGGAAGUCGCACAGGUUUGUGAUCAGGAACGUGGAUGAGAUUUUUCACACCAUCGAGGGAUUGACGAGCAAGUUACGUCAGCUCAAGGAAAUAGAAAAGGCUCAUUACAAACUUUUAAAGACCCUCACUGUGGAACAGGAGUCAGGUGAACAACAGUGUCUCUCAGCCAACGUCACAAGAACGCCCUCUAUGGACCGGGGUUUAGGAAGUGGAAAAGAAGGAAGUCUGGCAGAUGCCAGGAUUCAGUCGACCGGAUUCUAAAGGACUUAAACAGCUAAAUCCCAGGUUGACUUUUAUUUCUCCCCUGCGGUUCCUCCUUUUCCUUUCCUUGCUCGAUAUUCCUGCAUGCACAGACCAAUGGAGCAGAACCCAAGAAGGACCAUAACGUUAUUGUGUUUUCCCCACGCCAAGCUGGCAAGUCUCAUUCCUGUUGUCAUUAUAACCCGGAGCAGGAGGAAGUUAAGGACAAAUGGGUUGAGGAAAGGGAAGUAUGAAGGAGGAGAAAAGGCCGGAGGGAGACAAGUUGGGAAACAUGAGGAGCGAAGGAAUCGAUGGAGGAAGUGAAAGUGAUAUUUGUGAAGGAAAGUAGUUGUGAGAAGAUGGAAGAAGAAAAAAAAAACACUACGACUGGACAGACUGUUGACAAGUUAAUUUAAGGAAGAAAAAAAAAUCCAAGGGACCAUCUUUCCAGCACUUUACCCAUAAUGCAUCCCGUCUGGAGUGAACUCAUCAGGGACUGGAUAUACUCUUUUCUUUUUUUUUUUUUUUUUGAGCUCAGAUCGCUACUAUGCUUCCGAUGGUUGCUUUACACUAAGGCCGAAGAACUGUGUCUGUAUUUAAAAAAAAAAAAAAAAAAAAAUCAGGUUUUUUGCACUGGCUCAGAAAUAUAAAAACGUACAAACUGAUGUUUAUUUGGUGAAAGCUUAGAAGCUCACAUCCCGUCACUGUGGGAGGCGACUGGUGGGCGACGACCAUGGCAACAAAAUCGGCUGUCCGACAUUUACAACCAUUGUUCAGUUUCAAGUUCUGGAAACACUACUGCUACCACUGACGACUACUGAAAAUGCUGGCAGAUUUGAUUAUUAUUAUAAUUAUUGCUAUAGUUUUUGUUUGUUUGUUUGUUUUUAUCAGAGCCACAUCAGGGUCUACAGGGAUGUUGAUGGACUUGCACAGCUGUUUUGUUUGCAUCUUGUUUGUCAGGUCGAACAUUUGGAGUUACGGUCCAGAGGCAGAUGUUUGAGACCAGCAGUGUCUCAGAACGUGAAUUUGUUUCAGUGCAGAGGAAACACCUGCUUGUUCACAAAAUCGUUGCCAAAUAUCACCACUAGCUGGGUUUUUUAGUCACUUCUCUUGUACUGUUUGAGCGUCACGAGUCCAGCUUCCACUGUAGAAACAAGUACCAGGAAUAAGGGGCCGUAUUGUUAACAAGGUCCACUUUCAACACAGCCACAAGGCAAUACUACUAAAUGGAAGUCCUAGUCUUUGAACCACCACAUAGUCCUAGCACACAUGGUGAGUACAGGGACUGGAUGGAGCUUGUAAAGCAGUGUUGGUCUAAGAAUACACUCCUCUCCAGUCACAUCGCCCCCUUCCUCAGCCUGUAGCCUCAAAUUGUUACUCGCUGCUGUGUGUGUGUGUGUGAGAUCAUUAGGACUUUUAAACAUGUGAGCAAGCGUAGUAAAAAAUAAUAUUUCCUAAUAUACUAUUUCCUUAGAAAUAGUUCCUGGUAUUGUUACAGUGGAAACACAGAUGUUGACUC